CUUCCUCAGGUAUUCGGCCCCAAAUCAUGAACGGGCCAAUGCACCCACGCCCCCUGGUGGCGCUGCUGGACGGGCGCGACUGCACCGUGGAGAUGCCCAUCCUCAAAGACCUGGCCACGGUGGCCUUCUGCGACGCUCAGUCCACACAGGAGAUCCACGAGAAGGUGCUGAAUGAAGCUGUUGGAGCCAUGAUGUACCACACCAUCACUCUGACCAGAGAGGAUCUGGAGAAGUUUAAAGCUCUACGUAUUAUCAUCCGCAUCGGCAGCGGCUACGACAACAUCGACAUUAAAGCCGCAGGAGAGCUAGGCAUCGCUGUGUGCAACAUUCCCUCGGCGGCCGUGGAGGAGACGGCCGACUCCACCUUGUGCCACGUCCUCAACCUGUACCGGCGAAACACCUGGCUGUACCAGGCUCUCCGGGAGGGCACGCGGGUCCAGAGCGUGGAGCAGAUCCGCGAGGUGGCGUCCGGCGCCGCCCGCAUCCGUGGAGAAACCCUGGGCCUCAUCGGCUUCGGUCGUUCGGGCCAGGCGGUGGCCGUCCGGGCCAAAGUCUUCGGCUUCAACGUCAUCUUCUACGACCCGUACCUGCAGGACGGCCUGGAGCGUUCGCUGGGCGUCCAGCGCGUCUACACCCUGCAGGACCUGCUGUACCAGAGCGACUGCGUGUCCCUGCACUGCAACCUGAACGAACACAACCACCACCUCAUCAACGACUUCACCAUCAAACAGAUGCGUCAGGGUGCGUUCCUGGUUAACACCGCGCGAGGAGGUCUGGUGGAUGAGAAGGCCCUGGCCCAGGCUUUGAAGGAGGGGAGGAUACGUGGAGCCGCCUUGGACGUUCACGAAACGGAGCCAUUCAGUUUCGCUCAAGGCCCGUUAAAAGACGCCCCCAACCUGAUCUGCACGCCGCACACAGCCUGGUACAGCGAGCAGGCGUCUCUGGAGAUGAGGGAGGCCGCCGCCACCGAGAUCCGAAGAGCCAUCACGGGUCGUAUCCCCGACAGCCUAAGAAACUGCGUCAACAAGGAGUUCUUCGUCACCACGGCACCCUGGGCAGUUAUGGAUCAACCGGGCGUUCACCCUGAGCUCAACGGCGCCGCCUACAGAUACCCGCCCGGUGUGGUGGGCGUGGCUCCGGGCGGCCUCCCGGGGGCGUUGGAGGGCAUGGUGCCCGGUGGGGUGCCCAUCGCCCACACCCUGCCCUCCGGUACACACCCCUCCCAGGCCCCGUCGCCCAACCAGCCCUCCAAACACGGCGAGACCAGAGAGCACCUCACCGAGCAAUAGCAGCGGAAGGGAUUUAAAAAAAGAAUUAAAAAAAAAAAAAAAAACGCCUGGUAACCAUCUGACCCCGCCCACGACAACCAGUCACACAGGAUAAACAAAACAAAACAAACAAACAAAGCGACCAACUGGGACCAAGAGACAGUGAAACAACGCGAGCGUCUGCCUGUCAUCCAGUCAGCCGCCGGGAACAAAGCGAAGUGUUCCGGGAAUUUGUACUUUGACCAUUUUCGUUUUUACUCUCUCUCUCUCUCUCUCUCUCUGUCUCUUUGGGUUCAGUACCGACUUUACUCUUUGAUGAUGUUUUUUUUUUUUUCGUUUUUUUUUUUCUUCCUUCUUCUUCUACUACUUCUUCGGGAUAUGCCUGAUAUCAUUGUGGACACGAGAGUCCAGUGUUUUUAGCGCUCCGGGAUAGACUUGCCCACAGCCACGUGACGACGGUGAUGAGACUCUGUCCCGCCCCCCAACCCCCUAGCCCCGCCCCCCACCUCCUCCCGUAUCCACCUCAGAGCUCAUGGGAAAUGGAGUCCCGCAUCUCAACACAUCCGAUGGGAGAACGAGAAAAAAACUUUAGCAUCACGUGCUAUCGGACCUUAAACUCCGCCCCUUUUUCCUGCCCCCCCCGCCCUCCUUAUGUAACUAAUGUGUGUUGUUUAGGCCCCUCCCCCCCAGUCCAUUCUGUAAAAUGCCUCAGAAGAGAAUUAUUUUUUUCUUUCGAUUUCCAGUGUGAAUGACUUAAAAUGGAUUAUCCGCUUAUAAAUAUUUAUCAAAUCGU